CGCCGCACCCCAUUGGUCGACGUUGCAAAGACUAUGCCAUGCUCGCGGGCGUCUUUGUAUGCAUGGUCCUUGACAUGGCAGUCUUUACUGUGAAAGAGGGCUGACAGAGCAAACGGGAUCAGCAAAGGUUGCAGUGAGGACCAUGGAAGGGCAGAGCUGUGCCACAACAGCUACAUCCCAACUUGUGUCGGUGGAUGAAAUGAGCUCAUCAGAAGACAGUACUGCAACACAAGUGUAUGCCAGCGGAACUGAAUGCUGCAGCUGGACUAGUCCUGUCGGUGGUGACAAGAAGGGCGCUGAGACUGACAACAAUGGAGCAACUACAUCCAGUACUCCUAACGUACGGGAAGUCAAAUCCAGCAAUGAUACAAUAAUAUAUGUAUUACAGGACGUUCAGUCCAAUAAGAUGGUAAUACAAGUACCGGUGGUUGCAAAUGAGUCAGGGGUUAUAAGUUGUAGCAAGUCAAGUCCAGUAGGAUCCCAGGACACACCUGCAGUUGUAGGAGAUCCUCAAACAAGUACAGGUUGUCUGACUGGGCCAGACCAUGUGUCUUUAAAUCUAGGAGCAGGUAGCACAGGGAAUCAGUCGUCAACUUUUGUUGACAUGACGGAAUCUUUGUCACAUGUUGGUUGUGUUACAGAGGGAACACUCGGUAACCAAAGUGUCACUGCAUUGUCCACUGAUGCUCAUAACCACACAACCAUAGUCGAAUGUAACCCAAGCUUCAUCCCUGAAGAAGAUCUUACACAAACCACAUCAUGUACCAAGACCUCCUUCAGAAAUUCACCUGAAAGGGGUACAGAAGCACAGAAAGAAGGCUAUCUUGACCUACCUUUACAAGAUGCUGAAGAAGUGGGAGGAAAUUGUCUUCUGCCAGUAACGACAAAUGAUAAACUGAUGUCAGAAGAUGGAAAGGAAGAAGAGAAAAGUCUUGAGGUAGAAAGAAAUGAAACAAAAGAACAGGAAGGCCCGGUACAAACACCACAUAAAUUACUAAAGGCAUCUUUCACUUAUCCAUCUGGCUUUCGUCAAGCAAUUUCUUUGGAUAUGUUGAUCACUGAUCGGAAGAAACAAGGGCGAGCUAUGAAAGAGGCUGAAAGCAUUCCAUUUGAAAAAGAGACCAAUGCAGUCAUCGGGGUAGGAACUACAGAACUGUCAGAAAACCAAACUGUAAAACAGGUUAUAAGUUGGGAUACAAAGAUCUUACAGAGUCACAACAAGGAACAUACAUUAAGCCAUACCCUGAAUUCGAAGCGUCACCAUGACGGGAGAGAGAAGUCAGAAAGUAUCCCAGACCAUACUGCAGGUGAAGGAGAAGACAAUGUCUCGGAACUGAUCGUUGUGGAACCUGCAAGAAAGAGUGUGGGCUUAACAGGUGACAAAAAUAUGGAAAAUUCGUGCAAGAUGCACCUGGAACCUCUAGAUCUUUCAAACACCAAUGAAGUAGAGAGGACAGGUAUCCUAUUUAGGGAACAAACCAUGCCAGAAGUAACAGACAACAGUGGGGAAGAUGUAUUGGUACCUAACAUGGCUAACAGUGAGGAAAACCUGAUGGAAGAAGAUGCAGAGUUGGCAGAUGAAAACAAUUCAGUUCCCAUUGACGUCACCAGUUGUACCCUCCAUGAAAUGAAGAUAUUAGAGGAAGACAUGCCAGAGAUGGAAAAUUGUGAGUCACCAUUGGACAAGUCCCAGGCCUGCCCCAAGGAGGUAGACUUAUCAUGCGAUCAGCGUGAAGAAGACUUACAGCCAGAACAAUUGUCGGACAGUAAGUGGAAGCAUAGUUUCACCUGCAACAUCUGCUCCUUCACUGCAUUUUCAGUGAAGGACAUACAAAAUCACUGUGCUAAGUGUGAAGAGGUGAACAGUGAAUGUAUGUCCAUAGAUACAUGUUCAGUGCCUCAAAUCACAGACAGUCCCCAGUGCAAUGCGUUGAAGGAAGGGUGCCAUGUUGAAGUCCUUUCCGACAAAAUUGGACCCACAGACUGUGACUUGUCAAAUCCUGAUGCACAGAGCAUGUCGGUGAUGCUGAGUCAGGAAGGCAGCAAUGCGGUCAAUGAUGAGUCUGCCGGCCCACUGCAGCAAAGAGUCCUAGCAAGUACAGAUAAUGCAGGCGGAAAACGUAGUGUCCGUGGAAAGAAGAAAUCACCCAGAAAUAUCUGUCAAGGAGAAGAUCCUACCAUGGCUGGUUGGAAAGCUAUAAUAGUUCAUCCAACACAGGGGAAGGUAAGAACCAGAACAUUCUGGCGGUGCCCUGACUGUCCUUACAAAACAGACAAGAUAUACCCCAGUAUCAAGGAGCAUGGAGCUCGCCAUGUCGUGUCUGCAAAAUUUCCGUGUGACGUUUGCACAUACUCCUGUCCCACAGAAAUUGGAAUCCGCAGUCACAGAAGAAUGCACAAAAAGGACCGCAACCAAAAGUCAAGAAAGAAAGACAAGGCUGAGGUACAGGUCUUAGCACGGCAGCUAAGAAGGAGAUUGAGGAGAAAUAAGAGGGUCUACAGGUGCAGCAGGUGCAGUUUUUCCACCUUGGUCCUGGCAAGCUUUGAAAAACAUUGUAAAAAGCACACAAGAAAGGUUUCUAAAAGGCACACACAAAGGAAAAAUGUUGCCACCAUAGGGGAACGCACUACCACUGCUAAUGAUCUCAAGAAUGAACAGAAAGAUGAAUGUGUUCAUGAGACAAAUGAAGCAAACAGCUGUGAUAGUCAAACGUACAAAGUUCCAGCUACAUCAUUGAUGGCCACCAAAAAGUUGGAAGUGCGAGAUAUAGAAAAAUGUAAUGACAAGUCCUCACAGAGAGAGUUGGAAGUGUUGUCUGAAACCUCAGGUUCCAGUUUCACAAACCAGAGCUUCAAUGAGGGAAAUACCAUCAGUCCUCCGCAACGGGCCAAAACCAAAAAGUACAGCUGCAUUAAGUGCUCAUUCUCUUGCAAUUCUUGGUUGUCAGUUAAAGCUCACAUGGCAGUUCACAAGAAGGGGGUGACAAAUACUGCAAUGGAAAUUGAAUCCUGUACAGAUGAAGAGGAACAGGCAAACAAACUGGAAGAGAGAGAUGCUAAUGACAAAAUCACAUGUGUGAUAGUUGAUCCUCACAACGGGUCACCUCCUGACACGCCCACACGCCCCAAAAGGAAAAUGUACAGGUGUACCACAUGCCCCUUCAAAUGUGACAGAAUUGGGUGGCUGAUUAGCCAUAUGAAACAUCACGAACUGAGUCAAAAAUUUUCAUGUGAAUUCUGCUCUUUCUCCACAUCACACAAGAUUGCUCUGAUAAAUCAUCAGGGGAUACACUCUCCUGAUUCAAAGAAAGGGACUGCAAGAACUCCCAUUGGUACAACAGCCACAGAUGAGUGCAACAAGACAGAGUCUGGCACCAAAGUUGCAGAACAGCAGCAGCUGCUUUACCGCUGCAAAGAAUGCCCAUACACUGCAGAUGAAGCAUCCAUCUUAGAGCGUCAUGAGAAGUGUCACGUAAUUUGGCGUUGGCACAAAAGGAUGCGUGAAAUGUCACAAGCAGGCGAGCAAGCAGAAGCCACUGUUGCAAGUGGCUGUAAUGAUUCCAGCAACGUUGGUAAUCCCGCUGAUGUUACAAAUAAGGAAAUAAAUACAGAAGAUAGUGGAGGCAACAUGGACAAGCCCCGUGAGAUGUACACUUGUGACGAGUGCACAUUUAAGACUGAUUUUUCUGCACAUUGGAACAGCACAAAACGUCCCAUGGGGCAUCAAAGCACACAAACAAUAACAGUACCUUUGCUUCUGUCUUAGAGACAAGUGAGCUGCAUCAUGGAGUUCACGAAAAAGUACAUGAUGAUCAGACAGGUAAUGCAGAUGUUGCUUUGGAAGAUCUUGAAGCAGAGAAGGAUGAAAAUGAAACUGGCCACAACACUGACAUCACUGUUGAAAAGGAAGAUGAAGAGGAAGGAAGACAGACCAGUCUGAUGUCCAGGAUGAUGGUGGAUGAAUACAAGUACAUCUUCCAUUGUGAAGAUUGCCCUUUUAGAACUGAUUGGCUUCAUGACCUAGAGAAACACAAGAGUGGCCACAACAGUGAAGCAGAGUUCCCCUGUGACAAGUGCUCUUUUUCUGCCGCUACAAAGGGAGCAAUUGAGGUACACCAUCGAGUACACAGAUACAAGAAUGCCAAUCGCGAAGCCAAACUAUGUACAGAAUGUGGUUUUUCAACACACAGCUACGAAUCCCUGCAGCUUCACAUGCAAACUCAUGGUGGUGUCAGUCUACAAGCAGAUGUUGGUGAGUCAGUAACAUCUCCUUUGCCCUGCAGUGAUGUACAGACACCAAGUACAAGCAGUUUGGAAGGCAGUAGUUUCCGUCGAAAGAUGGAGGAGUAUCUGUACAUCUUCAACUGCGAGCAGUGUCCAUUCAAGACAGACUGGUACCACGAACUGGAGAAACACAGAAUGGGCCACAAUGCUGACCUAGAGUACCCCUGUGAUCAUUGCACAUUUUCGUCAUCUACGAAGAAAGCAGUUGAGGUACAUAAAAGGGUUCACAAAGACGGAAGUGCCUUAAAAAUGGAUAGAUCAGCUGCCAGCAAAUCAACUGCACGUAUAUCUGAAGAAGAAACAGAUAAACAGGAGAGAAAACUCCUAAGGUUUCCACACAUGACACCAUCAGGCAUGCGGUACUAUAACCACAAGUGCCCUGAGUGUCCCUUUCGUACUGAUAGUAAAAAGAAAGUGGGCGUCCACUUGUUGCACCAUCGGACAAAAGCAAAGUACAACUGUGAUAUAUGUACAUACUCAACAAACUACCAAUCAGCAUUGGGAGUCCACAGAAGGAUCCACCUACAAGGAUAUACUAACCCACAUGCAGGGAACGUGACGCCCAUCAAAGAUACACCGCAUGGUGAUGUGAAGAAUGAGAGCAAGAGACUGUCACCCCAGAAAUGUCAAAAAUGUACAAAGUGUCCCUACAAAACUGACAGCAGGAAAAAGAUGGAUGUCCAUAUGGUGUUCCACAGGAGGAGGGGGAAAGUACAAGUGUAACCUGUGUUCCUACUCCUCAGACAGGAUGACAACACUUGGGCCGCACAGAAGAGUUCAUCUGCAAAAUCAAGAGGUCUCAGAUAGUGCUGUUCAAAACAUGUACAAGGUAGUGGGAGUUGUCCAACCACCUCUUGCAGCCUACAAAACUGAUCCAAGAUCAGACAGUGGACAAAAGUACUCGUGUAAUGCUUGCCCUUCCAAGUUUAACAGUCUCCUGGGUGUCAGGGACCAUGUUUCUCACCAUCUCAAACAGUUUUUGUACUCCUGUCCAGAGUGCACCUACAGUGCUGACUCCAAAAGAUCAAUUAAAAGUCACAAAGGUGUCCAUGAGAGACACCAAGAAAAGGAAUGCAGGCAUGACGCACAAACAUCCAACGAUCUCACAGCACAGUCUGCUGAGGAGGAUGAAAUGCAGGGGAAAAGUAUGAUUAAGAAACGCAAAUAUCAAUGUGAGCACUGCCCUUACUCAACUGAUAAACUUCACAGAAGUUCUGCACAUGCAAGCAAUCAUGGAGCAAACCAUCUAAACAAGUGUAGUCUUUGUUCUUACUCCACCAAUGCCUCCAUCAAGGUGCACAUGAGGAUCCAUAAGAAGUAUGCCAUAGCUAAGACCAAGGGUCAAAAGGUGGAUACUGCAGGGAGUAUCCUCACUGUUGAGAAAGUAGGAGGUGCCAGAGACAGCUGGCAGUACAAGUGUAGCCAGUGCCCCUACCUAGCUAAAACAGCAAGUUACAUCAGGUCGCAUCAGCGCUACCACUGUGCUGAUCUCCCGUUGAAAUGCCCCGAGUGCACUUUCUCCUGCAGCCGUCUACAACAGCUGUCCUUCCACCUAGAGUGGCACGGCAAGUCUCAAGACAAGAAGGAAAGUGACCUUCAAGAAAAACAAAAGCAGACAAGGGGAAGGAUAGGAUCUCUACAACGCAAGAUAUAUGAACAGGGAUUCAAGAGGGUUUUGAUCAAUGGCCAGAGGCAUUAUAUUUGUCCCCACUGCCCCUUCCGGUCCAGAUGGACUGACCAGGCUGCUGCUCACCUGGAACACCACUUUGUUAUGUACUCAUACAAGUGCGCACACUGCUCAUAUUCCACAAGGACCAAAGACAAAGUCAAAUUCCAUAUGAAGCUGCACAAAAAGGCAGCUCGUGAUGGUAAUAGCCAUUCCACUGAUGGCGAAAAGAGGACAGUACAAAUGGAGAAUGAGGAUGCUAGCAAUCCUAGUGAAGCAAGACUACCUAAAGGUCCGAGAACAAGAGCAAGGCUAGGGGUUAUAGGCCAAUCCCCAAUCAAGCACACUGCUUCACAAGUCCCAGUACCUCCAGCAAGCAGCAGUGUGUCACGUAACCUGAAUGAUUUCAGCGGCCCAAAUGGAUCCGAGAGUACAUUUAUACGAUACAUGACGCCAUCGUGCAGUAAGGAAGAGCCAGAGCAAGAACAGCAAGUGACGGUUCUGACAUUUGUCUGCAUGUACUGUGAUCGUCCAUUUACUGACCAAGAAAGUUGGCUGGCUCACAUGAAAAGGCACAGGCUCUAGAGAUGGGUGGCAGAUACCAACUGCUCUGAUGUGGUUAGGAAUAGGACAGACGGUGACAAAGUUUUGCUCUCCAGUUUGACCACAUAAUUUAUAUUUAAAUUAAAUCAGUUGAAUUUUCUUGGUUUAUUGACCCAGGUUGGUUAAAGAUUGUCCACUUAAAUGGCACUGUCUUCAUAUAGCUGAUGAAUUGUAGUAAUGUUGGUUCUAGGAUGCUAAAAUUAAUUUGUUAAUGCUCUGUACCUAAUUAGUAAUGUGAUUGUAAAGGUUCUGUAUAUAUAUAUGGGAUUUGAAAUAAGGAUAAUGUGCCUUGAUUGUACUUAUAGCAGUCUAGUAGUUGUAAGUCUGUUGAAUAUGCAUCUUGUCAUAGCAUUGUAGAAAGUGUAGUUUUUGUGGUGAAAUGCUUUAUAUACACAACUUUUAUGGCAAUUGUAACCUUAGAGUGUAAAGUUAUUUGUGUGUUUUUUCAUAGCUUGCUUGAAGCUGCACACUAAUAUUAGUGAACUUACAGGCUAACUAGAGUCAGCACGUCGGCAGAACGUACUGCGCCUGCGCAAACCCCACAUUUUUCACGGUUUUCGUUGGAUUUUUGGUCAACGUUCCAUCAGGAUUUUGCCUGUUGCAG